AAGUCGGCCGCUCGCUGCUCCCCGGCAACCCCAAAGCCUUCCUCUCUAGCCCCGUACCAAUAGUUCCUCUCGCUAGCGCCCAAUAGUCUGGACGACUGCCGGGGAAAGCAAGCCGACUGGAUGAAAAGAUAGAGACCGGAAAUGGUCCUGUUUCUUCCUGUCCUAAAUUCGGAGUCAGCGCCCCCGGUGGUCCGGAGGGGAAGUGACGUUAUUGCGGGGAAGAUGGCUACCGCGGCGACGGCCUCAUCGUCAGCCACGGUCUCGGCCACGGCCAGGGCCACGGCAGCGGCUCUCGGCGAGGUGGAGGAUGAAGGGCUCCUGGCGUCGCUGUUCCGGGACCGCUUCCCCGAGGCCCAGUGGCGUGAGCGGCCCGAUGUGGGCCGCUACCUCCGGGAGUUGAGCGGCUCGGGGCUGGAGCGGCUGCGGCGCGAGCCCGAGCGCCUGGCGGAGGAGCGGGCGCAGCUGCUGCAGCAGACACGCGACUUGGCCUUCGCCAACUACAAGACCUUCAUCCGCGGCGCCGAGUGCACCGAGCGCAUCCACCGCCUCUUUGGCGACGUGGAGGCAUCGCUCGGCCGCCUGCUCGACCGCUUGCCCAGCUUCCAGCAGAGCUGCAGGAACUUUGUGAAGGAAGCCGAGGAGAUCAGCUCCAACCGUCGGAUGAAUAGCCUGACCCUAAACCGGCACACAGAAAUUUUGGAAAUACUGGAGAUUCCUCAGCUCAUGGACACCUGUGUCCGGAACAGUUACUAUGAAGAGGCCCUGGAGCUUGCAGCCUAUGUACGCCGACUGGAGAGGAAAUACUCUUCCAUCCCUGUCAUCCAGGGCAUCGUGAACGAAGUGCGCCAGUCCAUGCAGCUGAUGCUGAGCCAGCUGAUCCAGCAACUGAGGACCAACAUCCAGCUCCCCGCCUGCCUCCGUGUCAUUGGCUACCUGCGGCGCAUGGAUGUCUUCACUGAGGCUGAGUUAAGGGUGAAGUUUCUUCAGGCCCGAGAUGCUUGGCUCCGGUCCAUCUUGACUGCCAUUCCUAAUGAUGAUCCCUAUUUCCAUAUCACAAAAACCAUCGAGGCCUGCCGUGUCCAUCUCUUUGAUAUCAUCACCCAGUACCGUGCCAUCUUCUCAGAUGAGGACCCACUGCUGCCCCCUGCCGUGGGUGAGCACACCGUGAAUGAGAGUGCCAUCUUCCAUGGCUGGGUGCUACAGAAAGUCUCACAGUUCCUGCAGGUACUGGAGACCGACCUUUACCGGGGCAUAGGCGGCCGCCUGGACUCUCUGCUGGGCCAGUGCAUGUACUUUGGGCUGUCCUUCAGCCGGGUGGGAGCUGAUUUCCGUGGUCAGUUGGCUCCUGUUUUCCAGCGGGUGGCCAUCAGCACUUUCCAGAAAGCAAUUCAGGAAACAGUGGAGAAAUUCCAGGAAGAAAUGAACUCCUACACACUCAUCUCAGCUCCAGCCAUCCUGGGCACCAGUAACAUGCCUACUGUUGUGCCAGCCACCCAGCCAGGGACGCUGCAGCCACCCAUGGUGCUCCUAGAUUUCCCACCCCUCGCCUGCUUCCUCAACAAUAUUCUGGUUGCCUUCAAUGAUCUGCGGCUCUGCUGCCCUGUGGCCCUGGCGCAGGAUGUGACUGGGGCCUUGGAAGAUGCCCUUGCCAAGGUAACUAAAAUAAUCCUGGCCUUCCAUCGCGCUGAAGAGACUGCCUUCAGCAGAGGGGAGCAAGAGCUCUUCGUCCAGUUCUGCACUGUCUUUCUGGAAGACCUUGUUCCGUAUUUAAAUCGCUGUCUCCAAGUCCUUUUUCCACCAGCUCAGAUAGCACAGACUUUAGGCAUUCCUCCCACUCAGCUCUCCAAGUACGGAAACCUCGGGCAUGUGAACAUCGGCGCCAUUCAAGAGCCCCUCGCCUUUAUCCUGCCAAAGAGAGAGACGCUCUUCACCCUGGAUGACCAGGCGCUGGGGCCCGAGCUCACAGCUCCGGCACUAGAGCCUCCCUCCGAGGAGCCACGCCUGGAUCCCGCGGGCCCAGCCUGCCCGGAGGGAGGGCGAGCGGAGGUGGACGCGGAACCGCCCAGAGUGGGGCCCUAGCCGCCGUCCCCAGCCUCCAGAACGCGGGUUGGACCCCAAUGGAGAACAGGUGGCGUGGCAGGCGAGCGGGUGGGCAGCCCGCAUCAUCCAGCACGAGAUGGACCACCUGCAGGGCUGCCUGUUUAUUGACAAAAUGGACAGCAGGACAUUCACAAACGUCUAUUGGAUGGAGGUGAAUGACUAAAGCUUUGCUACUGGGGCUGAGGAUUCCGGAUACCAAGACGCACACACUUCCACUUUGACCUGGGCACAUCUUACUUCGCAUCAACUUGGAUGGCUUGCAUAUGACAGGAAACUGGACUGCCAAGUCAUGGCAGACUGAGCUGGAGGAAGAUGUCAGAAAUGUUUGCCCUGAAAUCAGCUAUGAACGGAAUGCUGUCUACAACUUGAGGAGAAAAAUCACCCCCAAAGGAGUGGACGUUUCCUGACAAUUCUGUAUGGAGGAAGGUGGGGUAACUGCAUUCGUCUGCAGUAGACACGAGUUCCUCGGACCUGUAUAAUCUCCCAAAGCCAAGGUUUGGUAAUAAUGUAGCCCCUAAAUAUCUGAAAGCUCUCUUUAAAAAUGCAGGUAAGCGUGUGACUGGCCAUUUGUGCCGAGUUCUUAUUUUUACAGAGGGCUUGUGGCCUUGGACGCCAGUUUGCUUAUGGAAAUGAAACAGGACAGAAUCAUCCCUGCUCAAGAAAGUGUUUAAUGACAGCACGAGUGUAAAUGAGUGCCCACACAUUUUAACAGCCUUGGGCAGGAUUUUGCUGCUUGACGUCUCUAGAGCAGCGGGUUCUUGGCUCAUUCUUGGGUUAGAGGCCAUGGAUCAGGGCUGGGGGCAGGGGUGACAAUUGAGAAGUGCAGUGAGCUUCCUGUUAAAAAUUGGGACAGACACAGAAAGCAGGACUAGUACUUCCUGGUUAUACACUUAUUUUGUAAAAAUGAAUUAACGUCACACCAACCAAUGUGUAGGUUUAAGUGUCUGCCAGGCAGGGUGGCUUACACCUGUAAUCCCAGCACUUUGGGAGGGCAGGGUGGGUGAAUCAUGAGGUCAGGAGUUCGAGACCAGCCUGGCCAAGAUGGUGAAACCCUGUCUCUACUAAAAAUACAGAAAUUAGCCAGGCGUGGUGGCGAGCGCCUGUAAUCCUAGCUACUCGUGAAGCCAAGGCAGAGAAUUGCUUGAACCCAGGAGGCGGAGGUAGCAGUGAGCCAGGAUCACGCCACUGCACUCCAGCCUGGGCAACAGAGCAAGACUCAAAGUACGAUUCUGACUGUAGAGUUUUCUUUUCUUCUCUGUCUCAAAAAAAAAAAAAAAAAAAAAAGUGUCAGCUUUGUCAAGAGGUGAAGGAACUCCAGUUUUAUUUAUUCUUUGAUUUUUUUCUUCUUUAAAGACAGAGACGGGGGUCUCACUGUUGCCCAGGCUGGUCUCAAAUUCCUGGUCUCAGGCAAUCCUUCUGCCUUGGCCUCCCAAAGUGUGGGAUCACAGUUGUGAGCCAUAGUACCCAGCCAAACUCCAGUUUUAGUUAAAUUGUUUCACCUCAUUUUUAUGCUGAGUUUUGUAAAGUAGGUAUUCUUGCUAAACAGAGUCCUCAAAAUCAAACUAUACAAGUAAUAGGAAGUCCAGUAAGCUUUUUAGAGAAAAUGUGUUGUAAAUGGCAGUUAAAUGAACCCAGGAAAGACCCGUCCUCCCCUGUGGCUUUCUUUGAGGCCCCAUGAGGCCAAGCAGAAGCAAACUGGCUCUAGGUGCAGCCUGACUUUGAAAAGGAAUCCCGGCCAGGCUUGGUGGCUCGUGCCGGUAAUCCCAGUACUUUGGGAGGCCAAGGCGGGCAGAUCACUUGAGGUCAGGAGUUCAAGACCAGCCUGACCAACAUGGCGAAACCCUGUUUUUACUAAAAAUACAGAAACUAGCUGGGCGUGGUGGUGGGCGCCUGUAAUUCCAGCUACUUGGGAGGCUGAGGCAGGAGAAUCACUUGAACCUGUGAGGCAGAGGUUGCAGUGGGCUGAGAUCUCGCCACUGUACUCCAGCCUGGUGACAAAGACUCUGUCUCAAAAAAAAAAGGGAAUCCCAACCUUGGUACUGGUGCAAGGUCA